CCAAAGACAGUACCCACUCGGAAUGAUCAUUGAAGAAUACAGCAACCAUAGAAUCACAUGGCAUCGCACGGUGAUCCACAGUCCUGGGAACAGCAGAACAAGAACACAGGCGGUGUGUGUGUUAGCGCUGGCCGUGUGUGAGGCGUAUGUGUUUCAGGCCGGUCAGUCAUCAGGUGAGGUGGACGACACUCCUCCACAGAUCAGAGAUUUCUCGGGCUCCUGUAAGGGCCGUUGUUUCGAGCUGAAGGAGGCGGAGCCACCCAGCUGCAGGUGUGAUAAUCUGUGUAAGACGUACCUGAGCUGCUGCUCUGACUUUGACAAAGAGUGCCUAAAGACAGCGGGAGGGUUUGAGUGUUCGCGAGAGCGCUGUGGUGAGGUCAGGAAUGAGGAUCACGCCUGUCACUGUUCAGACGACUGUCUGCUGAGAGGAGACUGCUGUACCAACUACAGACCACUGUGCAAGGGGGACAGCUCCUGGCUGGAGGGGGACUGUGAGGAGAUUCAGAGCCCAGAAUGCCCUGCAGGGUUCAACCGUCCUCCUCUCAUCAUUCUGUCUCUGGAUGGCUUCCGCGCCUCCUACAUGAAGAAAGGGAAGAGCGUCUUCCCCAACAUCCACAAACUGAGCUCGUGUGGAACCCACGCCCCUCACAUGAGACCUGUGUACCCGUCCAAAACCUUCCCCAACCUCUACACGCUGGCCACGGGUCUGUACCCCGAGUCUCACGGGAUCGUGUGUAACUCCAUGUAUGAUCCCGUGUUCAAAGCUCAUUUCAGACUGAGAGGACGAGAGAAGCUCAAUCACCGCUGGUGGGGCGGGCAACCCAUUUGGAUCACAGCAGAGAAACAGGGUGUGAAGGCUGGGACGUUCUUCUGGCCCUGGGUGAUUCCUCUGGAGCGGAGGAUCCUCACUAUCCUGCAGUGGCUGCACCUGUCUGAUGAAGAGAGGCCGUAUGUCUAUGCUGUCCACUCAGAGCAGCCGGAUGCGUACGGACACAUCCUGGGUCCUCUGAGCAACGAGCUGGAUAACACUCUCAGGAAGAUCGAUAACAUCAUCGGUCAGCUGAUGAACGGCCUGAAACAGAUGAACCUCCACCGCUGUGUGAACAUCAUCCUGGUGGGCGAUCACGGGAUGGAGGAGUCUCACUGUGAACGGACAGAGUAUUUGGGCUCUUACGGACUGGAUGUCGAUGCUAUCACACUGAUCCCAGGAUCCUCCGGAAGAAUCGGCCCCAAAAGCUCCAGCACACCAUAUGAUCCAAAGGAGAUUGUAUCUAAUCUUACAUGUAAGAUGCCCAACCAGCACUUCAAGCCGUACCUGAAGCAGCACCUGCCCAAACGCCUGCAUUACGCCAACAACAGACGCAUCGAGGACGUGCACCUGCUCAUGGACAGGAAGUGGCACGUGGCCAUAUCUCCAGCUACCUGCGGCUUCUUUGGAGACCAUGGCUUUGACAACAAGAUCAGCAGCAUGCAGACAAUCUUUCUGGGAUUUGGACCAAGUUUCAAUUUCAAGACAGAAGUGCCUGUUUUUGAGAACAUCGAGCUGUAUAACGUCAUGUGUGAUCUGCUGGGUUUGACUCCAGCUCCUAAUAACGGGACUCACGGCAGUCUGAACAGUGUGUUGAGAAGCCCCCCCUACACCCCCACACGGCCAGAGGAAGUGACAUCACCCACGACUGUAGCCCCGCCCACUGAGGUGACUCAUGACCUGGGCUGUAACUGUGACGACGAGAACAACAUUGAAGAAAGUUCCCAGAGAUUUCCUUCCGCUGCAGACGGACUGUUGAACAACGUCACACACCUGCCGUUCGGCCGUCCAGCUGUUCUCUUCCAGACGUCAUACACACAGCUGUGUCACUCAGAUUACUGCAGCGGAUACAGUCUCGUCCUCAACAUGCCCCUGUGGAGCACCUUCACACUCACAGCACAGGUGGAGGCUCCGGCCGUGUCGUCCAGCGAGUGUGUGAGAGCAGACGCUCGUCUCGAUCACACACACACAUGUAACUCGUACAACCAGGUGCCAGACAUCACACACGCUUUCCUCUUCCCACCGGAUUUCUCUGCUUCGGCUGAAUCCAGAUAUGAAGCUUCCCUCAUCACAAACACCGUCCCCAUGUACCCUGCCUUCAAGAGGGUGUGGGGUUUCCUGCAGAGGCAUGUCCUCAGGAGAUACAGUCUGGAGAAUAAUGUCAUUAAUGUGAUGAUGGGACCCAUAUUUGACCACGACCACGACGGACUGAGAGACACAGAAGAGAAGAUCAAAGAUCACACACUGGGCUCUGUCUUCAUCCCCACACACUUCUACAGCAUCAUCAGCAGCUGCGAGAAACUCAACGAGACGCUGGACGAGUGUGACGGAGAUCUGAGAGUCACCUGCUUCAUCCUGCCACACAGAGACGACAACAGAGAGAGCUGCAACGUGUUCUGGAUCCAGACUGGAGCUUGUGUAAAUCCUAGUUACCACGGGAUGAAGAUCCAGCAGAAACAGAGAAACACAUAGAGACAUCAUUAGCGUAGCUGCUGAUCCAACGAACUAAAAUUAGUUUAACCCAAGCUAAUGAAUAAAAAUGCACCUUUGAUCAGAUACAACUACACUCACAAUUUAAGAAACAUUAUUCGAAUGCUUGGCGAAAGAGAUGUGUUUUUAAUCUAGAUUUAAACAGAGAGAGUGUGUCUGAACCCCGAACAUUAUCAGGAAGGCUAUUCCAGAGUUUGGGAGCCAAAUGUGAGAAAGCUCUACCUCCUUUAGUGGACUUUGCUAUCCUAGGAACUACCAAAAGUCCAGCGUUUUGUGACCUUAGGGAGCGUGAUGGGUUGUAGCGUGGUAGAAGGCUAGUUAGGUACGCUGGAGCUAAACCAUUUAGGGCCUUAUAGGUAAGUAAUGAUAAUUUGUAACUGAUACGGAACUUAAUAGGUAGCCAGUGCAGAGACUGUAAAAUUGGGGUAAUAUGAUCAUAUUUUCUUGACCUGGUAAGGACUCUAGCUGCUGCAUUUUGGACGACCUGAAGCUUGUUUAUUGAAGAAGCAGGACAAUCACCUAGAAGUGCAUUACAAUAGUCCAGUCUAGAGGUCAUCUUAGAGCCUGAAUACCUGUAUAGUUGUGUAAUGGAUCUACAGUAUGAGUGUGUCUGUGGUGAUGAACGCAGCACUACGAUGCAGCCUUGUUCUGACGCAAGAAGCAGAAACACAGAGUCAUUAAUUUAGCCACAGUGACACAGCUUUAUGAUUCACCUUAGUAAAUAUGUCAUUUUGUUCUUAACGUAAUGAGGAAAUAGUAGGGUUUGGAAAGAGCAGUGUUUGUUAAAGUCUGUGGUUCAGACAGUGAAUCAGUGAUGAGGGGCUUCACCAUUACAUCCCUUACACAAGCGCUCACAAUCCUCCUGGACAACAGCGGAGCGAAUCUCACACCUGUCUUCCUUAGUAUUACAGUGUUUCAUGGUUUGAGAAUCCAGUAUACUAAGUGUUAAAGUGUUGCAUGCAAAGUUUUCGUCCAGUCUCUCUUGAUACAACAGAAGUAUCACACACAUGAUUGAGUAUGAGAGUCCCGGGCCUGACAGCACCAAUUGCACUGACCUCUUUGGUGUUUAAAAGCUUUGAAAGGCUUGUUAAAAGGUAUGUAGUGUCAUAUAUUGGACCCUUUGCAGUUUGCCUAUCAGCCAAAUAAGGGCGUGGAUGAUGCAACAUUGUAUAUUCGCAUCCUGAAGAUUCUAAAAACCAUGUGAAAAUCUUAUUUGCUGGUUUUUCAUCGGCUUUUAAUACUAUAUUGCCAGCUGUGUUGGUCGUAAGAUUAACCACAGAGUUUAGCCUGGAUGGGGGACUGAUUGUGUGGUUGGGGGACUUUUUAAGGAACAGAGUACAGUGAGUGAGUGUGGGUGGAUCAAUAUCAGAUAAACAUAUUACUAAUGUCGGAGCACCACAAGGCUGUGUCCUCUCUCCCCUACUGUUUAUAUUCUACACAAAUAACAGUAUAAGUGCCCACUCAGGUAGAUCUAUUAUCAAAUUUGCAGAUGAUUCUGCACUAGUUAGUCUACUAAAAGGGGACGAGGACAGUCACGGAUCUGUUUUAGAUGAAUUUAUCUCUUGGUGUGACAUGUAAAAUCUUAAGCAUUUUAAAAACAAAGGAGAUGUGUAUUGAUUUUAAGAAGGAGUCUUUGGAAGAUUAUGUCACUUAAUGUAAGCAUCUCAAUCCUUAGAGUUGUUUAACUCUUUUACUGAAAGUGUUUUUACAUCACCUGUUAGUUUGGAUAUGCCACAAUGAAACAAAAGAGUUUGAUUAGGAAAGUUUUGAGUACAGCGAGCAAAAUAAUUGGUAUCCCUUUGAGAGGUCUUGAACAAAUUUACCAAAACAGACGCCUUAGUAAAGCAACAAAAAACACAGCAGACAGUAGUCAUCCCCUGUUUGUUAACUUUGAGAAAUUACCUUCGGGGAGAAGAUUCAGGAUGCUAGGGAUUUAUAAAAACGGGGGAAAACUCCUUCCUGCCACAGACAGUUAAACUGUUGAUCAAAGGUCAUGCCGUAGGUGCUUACUGAGGGGCUCUCAGCCUUGAUUGUUGAUCUUAUUCUUAGUUUUAUUUUAUUUUAUUCUUUAUUAUGUUUGUAUUAUGGGUAUUGUCGGUGCUGUACGUGAGAAACGCAAGCAACAAAUUUCCCUAAGGCGAUAGUAAAGUAAAUCAAUCAAUCAAUCAAUACAAGAGUUCAGAAGCUCAGCAGUCUUUAAAUAAAUAUACAUAAAUAAAUAACAGUACAUUUUAUAAUUUAUAAACUACAAUUGUAGCUCUAGACCUUUACCUCUGGCUAUGAUUUCAUUGAUAUAGUUGUCUGAAUGAUUUAUAGUCUCAAGCAUCACGCAAUAGAAACUUUUUCAAUAUUUUAAAACUCGAAAACUCGGAAUUUUUGUAAGUGUUUUCCGUUGAAGAGAUUAGAGAGGCACGCGGUUCUUACGUAAAUACCAUGCACGUUCACAAUCACAAUUCGGAAAUUCCUUCAAUGAACCAUUUGUGAUCCUGGAGCACAAAAUCACAAAAAAAGUAUUAAGUUUACAUUUUUCUAAAUUUGAGAUUUAAACAUGAUCUGAAGCUGAAUAAAUCAUCUCUCCAUUGAUUGGUUUGUUAGGAGAAUAAUAUAUGUCUAAAUAUUGAGAAAAUCAUCUUUAAAGCUGUUUAAUGAAGCGAGAUAAGCCAUCGUCACAUCACUGCUGUCUUUUAUAAGGUUUGACACCAGUUACACAACCAGCCUGUUUAAAACUAAACCAAUAAUACAUAGAAAGUUUUAUUAUUAAAGGAAACACAGGACAUGUAUUGCUUAAUGCUUACUGUGACACACUUAAAUAUUUGUAAGUGUAGUGUCAGUAUUCUACCACUAGAUUGCGUAAGCGUGCUCAGAGGGGUGCUUAUAUUUACACACAUUUCUACGUAUAAGUACAAGUCGAUGGAUUCCACACUAUGUGUUAAACUCUUCUUACACACUCAUUACACACAUAUCUGUUGAUAAAUGAGGCCCCAGGCUCCAUUUACAGACAUAUGGUAAUAGUACUUGUGUCAAUUAAAUAAAAGUUACAGAGAAUUAACAAAACACAGAUUCUUAAUUUUAUAGCAUUUUACGAAUUGUCCCAACUUCUAUGGAAUUGGGGUUGUAAUAUAAAUUUGUUUUUAAAAUACUCAUUCUUGUUUUACUUUGAAUAUUCGACUAUUUGAUUUUCAGUAUUU